CUAAAACAUAAUACAGUGCAAACAAACCAAACCAACCACCCACAGAUAACAGUACAUACAAGCAAGCGUCGUCAGGCAGGCCGGGUCAAUAUCAAUAGGGCAGGUAGGUACAGGGGGAGCAAGCGGAGAUGGGUCGGGGUCACAGGCCAGGUUCUGCAGGUAGCAAGCAGCGUGGUACAGAGGGUCAGGCAGAGGGAUGGUCAGGAGCGAGCCGGGAUCAGAGCAGGAGAAGUCAGCAGCGGUUCAGAUCAGGCAGGGUCAGCAAAGGAACAGAAACAGGAUGCAGGACAGAUACAGGGCCCAGGACAAACACAACACCAAGGCCAAGUCUGCAGGUCUGGCCAU